AUGAAGUUCUUCACCCUCGCUCUCCUCUCCUCCAUCAGCACCGUCAUGGCCAUUGACUGCUUCUGCGUUUCCAAUGAUGACGAUGUCGCCGCUGGCCGGCUUCCCGUGCGCUCGUUCAGGCUCAGUGGUCGCUGCGAGGAGCUAGGAGGGAAUCCUGAUAUCGAGUCACGCACUUGCGAACUACUUCCGGAUGCUGCUGCUUUCACUGAAGCGGAUUGCAACGCCGAUUCUGGCGACAGAGUCCUUGUUCCCAACUGCUUUGCUUCUGUUCUCUAA